AUGUCAGAAACGAAUAGUCCUGUUCCUCCUGUGAAUCUUUUCCGUAGAAAGAAAGGUUAUAGACGUGGAAUUACAUACACGCUAUUGUUAUUAGGUAAAUCAGGAACCGGUAAGACCACAUUUGCGAACAACUUACUAGAAUCAAACAUCUUCUCACAUCAAUUCAACCAAGUGGAUACUAAAGAUUUCACAGUGUCUCCUAGAAUCAAGAUAAUAAAGCCUACAAAGGUUGUUUCAUUCAAUUCUAAAAACGGUAUCCCAUCAUAUAUGGCAGAUUUCGACCCUUCAAGAGCUCAAUUGGAGUCUGGUGUCACAAUCACUUCCACUUCUUUGGAAAUCCUCACAGGUUCAGAUGAAAAUGAUGAAAAUUACGACGAUAACGAUGAUAAUAUCCUUUUUAAUUUAGUGAACACUUACGGUGUCGAUGAAAAUUUGGAUGAUUCGUUAUGUUUCGAUGAAAUUUCCUCAUACUUGGAACAACAGUUCGAUAUUGUACUGUCAGAGGAAACAAGAAUUAAGAGAAAUCCAAGAUUUGAAGAUACGAGAGUUCAUAUUGCUCUUUACUUCAUCGAGCCAACAGGUCACGGCUUGAAAGAAUUAGACAUCGAAUUAAUGAAAAAAGUUUCUCGUUACACUAAUGUUUUACCUAUAAUAACAAAGGCUGAUUCUUUCACGAAGGAAGAAUUGAAACAAUUCAAAGCAAAUGUAAUGCAAGAUAUUGAAGCUUUCAAUGUGCCAGUCUAUAAAUUUGAAGUUGAUCCUGAUAAUGAUAAUUUGGAAGCCAUUGAGGAAAAUGAAGCAUUGGCUUCACUACAACCUUUUGCAGUUAUUUGCUCAGAUAUCUUGGAUUCCGACGGGAAAUACAUCAGAGAAUAUCCAUGGGGUAAAAUUAAAAUAGAUGACGAAAAGGUUUCAGAUUUACGUAUAUUGAAAAGCGUACUUUUUGGUUCACAUUUACAAGAAUUUAAAGAUACUACACAAAAUCUUCUAUACGAAAAUUAUCGUUCUGAAAAGUUAUCAACGGUCACUAGAAAUGAUUCAAUUGAACCUGCUGAGGAUAAGAGAGCAAGUGCUGCUCCAAGCUUAAGUAACUUUGCUUCUCUAAUAAAUACAGGCAGCUUCAAAUCACAACAAUCACUUGCAUUCAACUCUUCAUCAAAUGACGUACCAAGCACACCAGAAAUGAGGAUUAAAGAGGAAGAUGAAUACGACAGUGAAAGAGGAUCAGUUAAGGAAUCUCCAAUAAAACAAUUGUCUGAUGAAAUAAGAAACGAAAAUGAAGAAAUCAUAAGAUCAAUAAAGAAAGGAUCCGCAAUAUCCUUACCGCUUAAGGAUUCAACAGAUAGGUCAAAACUAAGGAAUAUCUCUGAAACCGUCCCAUAUGUACUAAGGCACGAAAGAAUCCUCGCAAGACAGCAGAAAUUGGAGGAGUUAGAGGCGCAAUCAGCCAAAGAAUUACAAAAGAGAAUUAUUGAACUUGAAAGAAAGGCUCAAGAAUUGAAAUUAAAAGAAAGAUUAUUGGAGACUAGAAACAGCGCUAUUAAUAAUUCCAGUCAUUCAUUAAUGUCUUCAGGAACUGUUCAAAGUCAACUUAAAAAAGGCGACACCUUUACAGAUUUAGCGUCAAUUGUAUCAGGUAAAAACUAA